UUUUUUAUCAAAAAUAAAAUUUCGCGAUAAUUUUUGAUUCACCGGUUUCAUUCAAGAUUUCUAAAUUAUUUCAUCAUACUACUGUUGUAAGAAUUUAAAAAUAAUCUAUUCUUUUUCGAGUAAUAUUAAUGCUACAGCUACGUCAGUCAGUGUCAAGUUUGGGUUAAAUAAAUGCUAUGGGAGAUGCAUACGAUCAGUUGGAUGAAAUGAUAAAGAAGACUGGAUGUAUGGAAAUACACGAAAAAGUUCAAGUUACUGUGUGCUGCUGAAAAUCAAGACUGGAGAAAGUGUCAAAAAGAAGUUCAAGAGUUCAAGAGUUGCAUGGCAGAAUACCAGAAACGUAAAAAGACGACUACAAAUACGAAUACAAAAUCAUGAACUCUCGCGACAUUGUUUCCGGCACAACUGGAUUAGUUGUAGGAGGCAUUCUUACGUGGUUACUCAAGAACAAACUCAAAAGAGUCAUUUCAAUAGCUCGUUAUGCUACGAAAAGUUCAGCGUUAGAGCCUAUAAAAAUGGUACUAGUUGUAAGACCAGAUGUUCGCAUGUCUUCGGGUAAAUUAGCAGCUCAAUGUGCUCAUGCCGCUGUUUCUUCGUAUGCUGCUGCUAAAGAAUACGAUCCUCAAUUGGUUGCUAUGUGGGAAAGCACUGGACAAGCUAAAAUAGUCGUUAGUGGAGAUAAAACUGGUGAAAUGGAGUUAUAUUCGUUGGCCGAGAAAGCAAAGCAAUUUAAUAUUGUUACUGCCAUUAUACGUGAUGCUGGACGGACUCAAUUAGCUGCAGGAACUCCUACGGUACUUGGAAUGGGACCUGCGAAAGCGAAAGACUUGGAUAACGUGUCUGGUCAUUUACGACUUUAUUGAUUCAAUUUUAGAUACCUUGUAGUAAUCUUUCGAUUUGAUUAUAUUGUUUUCGUUACCGUU